AUGGCGGCCACCGAAUCAUCCAUACCAUCAACGACCCCCUCAGAACCCACGCUCCCUAAACUCUCCUCCGACGAUUUCCGCACCUACAACCGCCUCGCCGUCAUGAUGGACGCCUACCACCGCCACUUCCGCCACACCUGGACCAUCCUCUACGACGCCGCCUCCAAUGGCAAGAAACCUGAGGGCAUCUCCAUUCGCCAAUACCUAUCCUACGGCCUUCAACUCUGCCGGCAACUGACCGCUCACCACCAAAUUGAAGAAGCAUACGUCUUCCCCGAACUCGCUGAACGGAUGCCAAUCUUCGCCGAGGGCGACCAUCUGAUUCACCAGCACGAGGAGAUUCACGUGGGCUUGGUGAAGUUGGAGGACUACCUGAGGGCGUGCCUGAAUGGAGAUCGGGAGUUAAGGUUUCCGGAGCUGAGGGAGAUCAUGGAUGGAUUUGGGACGGUGUUGUGGUCGCAUCUGGACGAGGAGGUCAAGACGUUGGGGGCAGAGAAUAUGAGGAAGUAUUGGAGCAAGCAGGAGAUCAUGGGGAUGAAUUGGUAG